UUAAAAAAAUUGCGAGUAUAAAAAAGUAAAGGUUCAAUCGUGCUGGUCGCAGUGUCUUUAGAGUCUGUAUGCACCAAAAGUGUUCAUCCGGACCUAGCAUAGCUUGUUUCAGUUUUACCACCAUCAGUAGCACCAAUAGCAGUAGAUGACCCAAAACCAGGUGACCACCCGGCAAAAGAGUAGGAUCCAUAACUAGUUGAUUCGAUUGAUUCAAUUGCCCGAGCUGCAGUUCCAGAUCCACCAGCCAUUGAAUCAACGCAGACAGGAGCAACGGGAAAGCCAGCAAGAUCCCUUUUGAAUCUGGCAUUAGACAAAACAGUUUGUUAGUGAGAACUCGGGAAAACCCGUUGAGCAGUCGCAGGCAUUCAAUAAAACUUUGAUGAAAGUAUAAGACCGAUUAUGAGGGAAAUCGUGAAAAAUGCCAUGCGAGCUCUCACUCCCACUCGAUUCCUCAACACGUCUAAAAUAUAUUGCUUCUUUUAUGACAAUGUUUUUAUCAGGCAUGGUACUGGGACAAGAUGCAUUUCAACAGCGAGUAAUGAAGGGGAAGGAGACACUGCAACUACAACCCCAACUCCACUCACGAGAAAUAAACCCCUAUUCACUGAGGCUGCUUCCUUUUCUGAGCUCACACGAAAAGAUGCAAAUACUUACAUAACUAUCAGUGAGGAAGAUCUGAAACGCAGCAUUGGAGAAGGUUUGCCUGCCGGAUUGACUAAAGAGUAUGAGGAGACUAAAGGCAGCUCAUUGCUUGUUAGAGCGAGCUUCUUAGAGUUGCGUGAUGAGUUGAAAGCUUGUGUUGAGAAAGCAAAAAAUCCAAAUGCUCAAGUGAGGAACCCUCGGAAACAAUUUAUCUUGGAUGGUCCUGUCAGCAGUGGAAAAAGCAUUACUCUAGCUAUGCUUGUUCACUGGGCUCGCUCUGAGGGCUGGUUUGUUUUUUAUGUUCCCAAUGGCAAAGAGUGGACUCAUGGUGGCUUUUAUUACAAGAACCCAGUUGCUCCUACAUGGGAUACUCCUAAACAGGCAAUAACUGUCCUUGAGAGAUUAUUAAAAAGUCAUGAAACUAUUCUUAAGCGGUUGCCGUGCCAAAUUUUUGAGCCUAUAACACUAGGGGAGGGUCCUGGAAUAGGAAUGAUGAAGGAUGCAGAAGUUGUAGCAAUGCCUAAGGGUUCUAGUCUAUUUGACUUGGUUCAAACAGGGCUAACAUGUUCCCAUGCUGCUGUGGGGGUGGUGGUGCGGUUGCGAGAAGAGUUACCAUUGGUGAAAGAGGUGCCGGUUCUCUUUGUAAUAGAUCAGUUCAAUAGCUGGUUUACAUUUAGUCAAUACAAAGAAUAUACGGGUCGGUUCUCGCAUAGGGAUAUUCAUGCACGGGAGCUUACUAUGGUUAAGCCAUAUCGUUCAAUGUUACACAAUGACAUGAUGGUGGCAGCAUAUUCUCACUCAACUGCAGUCGGAAAACUACGGAAACACUUGCCAGAUACUCCUCUGCAUGUUCGUUAUGACUUUCCUCGAUAUAGUAUUGAUGAAGCUGAAGCAGUUAUUGACUAUUACUCUAGGCAAAAAUUGAUAUCUCAUGAAAGGUUUUCAGAGGACAAGUGGAAAAGGAUAUUCUAUCUUGCAAACGGAAAUGGUUCCGAGAUAAGAAAUUUGGUUCGCUUUAUAUAAGAUAAAUGUAGUCUGAAGCAGGCAUUCCUUUUUUCAUGUUGGUGGAAACCAAAUUGUAAUUUUGAUCGUACUUGAAACUAUUAUUGGAAGAGCUAUGAAGUCAUGCAGAUUGUUUGGUUCAAAAGGAUGCGUCAAAAUGCAUACAGUACCCAGCCUUCUGCCUCAAGGGACUUAUUAAGAUUGUUCAUUAUCACCGUGCUUUCAAGAGCUUAGAAUGAUACAAAUCCCACUUACACAAAACUAAAAUGGUUUUUUUGGGUUAAAAUUUUUAUUACUAGAAGGGGGGAUUUUUUUUCUUAAUUUUGUUGCUAAUAAAGAAAAUGAAUAUCACUCCAUUCUCUACAUUCACAAUGGGAGAAAGGAAAAUGGUCUUGGCAAAUCAGAUGUCAGACAAUGUCUUUUCAUUAUCAGAGGGUGGGAAUUUUAUUGAUUAGAAUGUUACACGUGAAAUGUAUGUUUUUAGUCCAUGUCAAGUAUUUAUUUGAAUUAUAUUAUUUAAACUUCUACUUGAAACUCCUCAA